AUGGGGCUGAACUGCUACGCAACGUCUGCAACUGCCAUCAGCAUUUGCUCAUGUACUCGCGCCGUGCUACUAGGAAACGGGUGCGGCGUUCUCCUCUUUCACAAGAAGGAAAUUGCUUUUUGGGAGCUUGAGCCGCAACACCAAAACCACCGAGCCCCAAACCAGUAG